GCGAGACGCAAGUCAAGUUCAGCGUUCAGCGUUUCAGUACUUUCAGUUGUUCAGUCACAGAACAGACUAGGUAGUUCAGUCACUCAGACUUCAGGACUUCAGACUCAGUCGACUGUCAGAACUGGACAAGAAAAUGGUGUGAAUCCACUGAAAAUGAACGUACAAACGUUGAGAAACCACUUCUCGGGUGGUUCCGGGGGUAACAACAAUGCUACCAACCCACCAAACAACAGUUCAAGCAGUUUUCUGCGAAGCACUGCUGUCAACUCACCAAACAGCAACAACAACAGUCCCAACAGUUUCAUGCGCAACAACGUUGCCAAUUCACCAAACAACAACAGUUUUCUGCGUAACAAGAGCAACGCGUUUCCAGUGAACAACAACACCAUUUCAAAUGGCGGCAUCAGUUACGAUAGACAACAACAACCGCAACAGAAUGGACCCACAACCACAACAACGUCGCAUCGAACUCAGAUCCCUGUGUCGAAAUUUACGCGCGGUAAUUCUAGUGAAAAUUUGAAACAUCCUCUAAUCGAUAAAUGGCAACAAAAGUUCGAGGACUCAGAACGCAAUCGGAAGACAUUGCUCACCCAAAACCAGAAAUUAACAAGAGAGCAUGCAGACCUGGAGAGGAAGUUCAAUACACUGCAACAAAAUCUCCUUUCAAGUACCAGAGCUCUCAAGGAAAGAGAGGAUCAAUUGGAACAUCUUCGUAAAUUGUCGGAACAAGUAUGCAAAGAGUAUGAUCAGAUGAAAAAUCAGUAUGACUUGGAAACAUCUACGAUGCAGAAAGCCAUACAAAGAGCAUCACAGUGGUACAAGGAGAACAGGGAGCUGAAGAGGAGAAGCACCGUUCUGAUUCAGAAGGUGAUGCAAUUCUCGCCGGAAAAUGCCAUGGAGUUGGUCGACGAAUCUGAUGGCACGGGCAGCGACUCUGCCACCGACGAGAUCGAAGUCAUGAGGAAAACUAUUCAAGCACUGAACAAAGAUGUGGCUCGACUGCAGGCAGAGUUGAACGCAGCUCGACUGCAGGAGUUCGAAGCACAGGAGCAGAGCAUCGACCUGACAUCCGCUCUCGACGAGGAGAGGAAGGCUAGGGAACGGCUAGAGAGUGAACUAAACGAGCUGCGCGCGAUGAAAGAGAACAUGCACCGGGUGAGCCGGCUGGUGGCAGCCGAAGUGAGUUCCCUGCGCGCCGAGUGCAGCCUGGCGGGGCAGAGGGCGGCGCAUGCGCAGAAGGAGGCGGCUGAGGCGCGCAAGGAGCGCAGUGUGUUGGCGCAUCAGUCGCAGCUCCUCAUGCUGGAUGCGGCUGCUGACGAGAGGCUGGUCAGUGUCCUCCAAGAGGUCGCCUCGAUCAAGGCCACCCUCGAGGAGGAACGCAACAGGCAUGCCUUCCAAAUGCAACAGUUGCAGGAUAAACUGGAAGAGCAAGAAGAGCAAGCCCAAAUAGAACUGCUGGAAGAGAAGCUGAAACUGGCUGAAUCUGAAUUGAUGUGUGCACUACAGCGAGCCGAAAGAGCUGAAAAGCACACCGAUGAACUUUCAAGCAAAUUGAAAACCCUGGAAUCGGAAACCGUUUCAAAAGCACCAGCGCCCCCACCCAUGGCUCCCCCUCCUCCACCACCACCACCACCUCCACCACCGCCUCCUCCACCUCCUCCUCCUCCAUUCAAUCAUCAUCUGACGGCCGGUGACGCGUCAGCCACGCUCAAACGGGCAUCGCUGACGCCCAGUGAAAAUGGAGAUCAGCCUGCCAAUGCCGUCUUGCAAAUGGCAAACCUGCUCGGUAUACCAAGGAAAACAGCCAAUGCCAAGCCGGCUCAAGGAGGUGCCAUAGAUGAUAUAAUCAAUCAGAUAAAGGGAGGACGAUUCACGCUAAAAGCAACUGAGAAACCACAGAAGGCAAAACAGGACGACCAACAGCCUCCAGCUGCAGUACAAGAGAUGAUGAAUGUGCUUGGCACCCUCAGAAGAAGACCUUUCCGACCACCCACCUCUGACGUCAGACCAGCUGAUUGUGAUAGGACAGAUGCGCCAGCUGAUAUUGCUCUAUGAUACAGCUGAUAAAAUUAUCCUAUCGGCCUACUGAUGUCAAAAGUGUCUCAGGCCAAAGUUAGUAAACUGUCUAUUAACGUUGGUCUCAGGCUACUUUCUUGAGUGUCCUAGGUAGCCCAUCGCUGUCGAAAGAAUACCGUAUUAUGUUUCAUUCUUCGAAACCGAUCCUAGCUAAGGAUAUAAUUAUUUGCAUUUUAAACAUCCCUAGACAAACUUUGAAACUAUAAAAAUACUCUCGUAGAAUACCACUUGCAAGAUCUGUUGGAACAAUUUCCAAGAAAUGUGAUUCACCAAAUGUAAACCAGUAUUGUUGAAACUAUAUUUCCAAGAAAUGUAAAUCAGUCCAAUUGAAAUAAUAUUCCCAAGAUAUAUGGUUCACAAAAUGUAAUUGAUAAAAGUCAACGUUUGUUUUUAUCAAAUACUGUAUAUUUUGUACAGUAUUUGGUUUUUAUUUGAGCUUGGUGGAGCCAAGAAGCCUUGGAAAAGAUACUGAGAUUAUAAUUUAGAUGAAACAAUAUUAAAGAAAUGCGGAUCUCGUAAUGAAAUUAAUUGAAACAAGCUCUGGAUGUUUAUUGGAGUAGGGUGGAACCUUGUUUGAAGAUUACAUAUAAAGAUUUAAAAUACUGAAUUAGUCUUCAAGAUAUAAUUUCAAAAAGAUAGUCUAAAUCGUUGUUCUCGAGAUUAUCUGGUCUUCUGGUUUAUUGUUUUAUAACAUUUCUCAAUUACAGCUCUCAAAUUGCUGUGGUUGAUAUUCUUAGUGAGAGAAUUUGGGCUUUACAAGAAUGUUAUGUUUAUAUAGUUGAAUCUACAAAGAGUUUCAGAUUUCAUAUUCGAAAAAGGACUGUAUGUGAAUGCUAAUAUUUUCUUUUGAUCAUAUAUCAAUUAAGGUUUUUAUUAUUAAUUAAUUGUUACAAAUUUUAGAUCUGUGUUAUCAUUCCUGAAGUUACAAAUAGAUUUGGAACUGCUCUCUGGAAGAAGUGGAACAAGCCUAGUUGAAACAUCUGCCCAAAUUCCAACCAUAUUGUUAAUAUGCUUUUAUGUAUUUAUAUUCUCUUACAUAUAUAAUGUUUUCUUAUUGUUACUUAUAAUAAACUAUUUUAAUGAAACCAUAUUGAGUGUUAUUCAUCACUAAGUACUAAAAAUUAUAAUGAUCGUCUACAAUUAUUAAUACUCACAUCCACAAGAGCACAAAAGCGUCUUUGAAGUGAUAAAUAAUUAGCUUAAUUGUUAAUAUGUGGGCUAUAUCGAUAAGGUAGCAUAAGAAGAUAUCCCAUGGUGUAUAUUACAUUACAUUACAUUUAUUACAUUCCUUAAUCACAACAUCAAAUUAAUGAUUGGGAGAGAAUCAACAGGAUAAACCCAAAA